CGGGGACUCCUAGACCCAGCGCAGCGGAUCCGGUUCCCCCGCCCCGAGCCCUGCCCUCCCACCCGCCGGGCGCGGCGCGCAGGCGCAGGCGCGGAGGGCGGGCGCGGACGGAAUGGGGACUGCGGCGGCGGCGGCGGCGGCGGCCGGGGAGGGGGCGCGCAGCCCGAGCCCCGUCGCCGUGUCGCUCGGCCUGGGCGUGGCCGUCGUGUCGAGCCUGGUGAACGGGUCCACGUUCGUGCUGCAGAAGAAGGGCAUCGUGCGCGCCAAGCGGCGAGGCACCUCCUAUCUAACAGACAUUGUGUGGUGGGCCGGCACCAUUGCUAUGGCUGUUGGCCAAAUUGGAAAUUUCCUGGCUUACACGGCAGUCCCCACGGUCCUGGUGACGCCCCUGGGUGCCCUUGGAGUGCCGUUUGGGUCCAUUUUAGCUUCUUACCUUCUUAAGGAAAAGCUCAACAUCUUGGGCAAGCUGGGGUGUCUGCUGAGCUGUGCAGGCUCUGUUGUGCUCAUUAUCCACUCCCCAAAGUCGGAGAGCGUGACGACGCAGGCAGAGUUGGAAGAGAAGCUGACCAAUCCAGUGUUUGUCGGCUACCUGUGUGUCGUGCUGCUCAUGUUGCUGCUGCUCAUCUUCUGGAUUGCACCAGCCCACGGGCCCACCAACAUCAUGGUCUAUAUCAGCAUCUGCUCCUUGCUGGGGAGUUUCACCGUGCCUUCCACCAAGGGCAUUGGGCUGGCGGCCCAAGACAUCCUGCAUGACAACCCGUCCAGCCGGAGGGCGCUGUGCCUGUGCCUGGUGCUCCUGGCCGUGCUGGGCUGCAGCAUCAUCGUGCAGUUCCGGUACAUCAACAAGGCACUCGAGUGCUUUGACUCCUCAGUGUUCGGGGCCAUCUACUACGUCGUUUUCACCACGCUGGUCCUGCUGGCCUCCGCAAUCCUCUUCCGAGAGUGGAGCAAUGUAGGGCUGGUGGAUUUCUUGGGCAUGGCCUGCGGGUUCACGACCGUGUCUGUGGGGAUUGUCCUGAUACAGGUGUUCAAAGAGUUCAAUUUCAACCUCGGGGAGAUGAACAAAUCAAACAUGAAAACAGACUAGGAUGCAAUGGGGGGUUGGGUAGCUUGAGGAACAGGUGGUUUUCUGGCCUUACUGGAGGUGGUUUCUGCUCCUGGCUGGAUGUGAAGUGGAAGAAGCCUUCAAUUGCUUAUGUUAGAGUUGCCUGUAUAAUGGGUGGCCGGGCCGGUGGAUGGGAGAGCAGGGCUCAGCCCUCCAAAGUCCGUAGUCGCCCACUGUUGGCUGGGACCAUCUCUCUCUGACAAGAUGAAUCUCAUUUUCAUUUCCAUUAAUCUGGAAGCUUUCAUGGGUACUCUUUUCUCUUAAAAUAUGUUAACAUUAUUUAAGUAGAAAAAAGUGGGCUCUUUCUGGUUAGUCUUUGCAGGAGAGCAGAUAUCCUUACUUAAAAGAAGCCUUUGGAAGUGAAGAAACGUCUUGAUGUCUGGCUCUGCAUAGCAGUGGAUGUGUCCGUAGUUGCAUUAGGUUGCAUUAAGCAUGUUUAACAUUUAAGUAAGUUGUCUAAAUAAGAAGUAUAUAUACUGAAUUGUUUUUAAUCUACUAACAAGUUGACUUUCCCACCCACUUACUCCAAGACAUUUUAACAGCAUAUGGAGAGAGAAGAGUUGAUGUAGUGUACUGUGGGCAGGAUGACUUUUCAAUAGCUCAAGUCAAUUUCAGUGCCUUUAUCAUUUGAAUUGUUCACUUAACUUGACUAUUAUUGUGUAUAUGUUCUCUUAGAUUAUAAUAAUGCAACUUCCUUGAUGAUACUUUGUAUUUCAAUAUUUAAGUUAUAAAUGUGUAAAGUAAUUGGAAAUAAUAGUACAUUUAUGCAUCACUUAAUGACAAGUGGGUUCUGAGAGACGUGUCAUUACGUGAUUCUGUCAUUGUGUGAACAUCAGAGUAUACUUAACACAAACCUGGAUGUUGUAGCCUACUACACACCUAGGCCACAUAGUAUAGCCUGACAUUUGUAGGCUAUAAAACCACACAGCAGACCAUUGUACUGAAUACUGCAGGCAAUUAUAACACAUUGCUAAGCAAUUUUGUAUCUCAGCAUAUCUAAACACAGAAAAGGAACAGCAAAAACACUCUGAUAUAAUCUUUAUGGGAUCACCACCAUAUAUGUGGUCUGUCCUUGACCCAAAUGUCAUUAUGUGUCACACAGUAUGUAUUCACUAGGAAAACAGGACAAAAAGCCCAUCGGGGCUCAGUGCCUGUGGCUCAAACAGCUAAGGCGCCAGCCACAUACACCUGAGCUGGUGGGUUCGAAUCCAGCCUGGGGUCCACCAAACAAUGAUGGCUGCAACCAAAAAAAAAAAAAAAAUAGCUGGGCAAUGUGGUGGGCACCUGUAGUCCCAACUACUUGGGAGGCUGAGGAAAGAGAAUCGCUUAAGCCCAAGAGUUGGAGGUUGCUGUGAGCUAUGAUGCCAUAGCACUCUACCCAGGGUGACAGCUUGAGGCUCUGUCUCAAAAAAAAAAAAAAAGCCCAUCGGAGCAAACUGACCCGUUUUGCAUGUAGCUUAAAUGUUGUUCAUUUAAAGACAGUUGAUUUAAGUAGCACAAGGCAUUUUAUUUCUGUUCAAUCUGUGUAACUGAUACCCAGUGUCAAAUAUGUCCACAUUGUCUUUCAGCAAGUAUUUAUUGCCAUUCAGAAUAAAUCAUUUAACUU